UCACACACUGCAUUCAUUUAUUACAAAACGUUCCUUCUUCGUUCUUCCUCUUCCAUUUUCAUUCCAACGCUACAAUGGACAGUGACGAAUUCCCUUGUCCCUCACCAUAUCCCCAUUCUUCUUCCCUUCUCAAAGACAUCUCCAAUUUCAAAACCCCAAAACGCCCCUCUCUCUCCACCUUCACCACCACCAAAUCCCCCUCCACCCAAUUCUUCACCGCUUCCAAACAAACUCCAACCACCGCCGCACUCCGCCGUAACCGCCCCACCAAAUCCACCACCGCCGCCGCCAGGAAACUCAAGGCCUUCCAGCUGGAGCAAUCGCAAUCCUCCCGAAAGGUCCUACACAAGAAAGAACAGUCUCUCAGAUCCCUAGCCAAGUCCCUCUCCGUUUGGCUCAACUUCCUCCUCCAAUGCCCUGCCUCAUGCGGCUGCCACUCCUCCAUCGCCGACGCCACUACUCCGGUUACCAAGGGGAAACGCGACGGCCGAUCGGGAGCCUCGGUUGGAGUCGAUUCGACUUGGCGAACUCCGAAGCGACAGAGGAAGACGUGGUCCCGUCCUGGUGGGAAGGAAAUUGCUGCUGCCGAGGGUUCCGGUUCGUCGUCGUUGAGGGAUUCUCUGAAGGAUGUGUGCAGUUUCGAUGACCUGAAGCAGAGGAUGAUGGUUUAUCUCAGCAUUGGAACUUGUGAAGACGUCUUCCAAAUGAUGACUCAAGUCACCAAGGCAAUUGAUGAAGGAAGAUUGAAUUUGAAGGCGCACUGCCCGAUAGUUACUGAUUUAGGGUUGAAGGAUAAGGCCACCAGAAUUCUCAUGUGUUAUAAUCCGAUCUGGCUGCGAAUUGGAUUGUAUAUAUUGUUUGGUGGUGACUCUUUGGUGGUGUUGAACGGGGAUGUUGACGCGGAUCAAGAUGCUGUAUUUCUGAAAAUGGUCAUUGGUAAAAUGUUUUUUUCGCACGAGGGUUUAGCAAAAGCAUAUGCAUAUAACAAGAUGGUUGAAGGCCUAUUUAGGGCAGGUUACUAUGAGAAUUUGGGGAAUGUGAUUUUGAAGAGGAUAUUGUUGCUUGUGCUUAUCCUUGAUAAAGCAAAAUCUCAAAGUUUCCUCCCGCUUGAGUAUGGUAUUGAUGGACUUGAUGGGGGUUCCCCUUUACUAUUCAAAGCAGAAUCAUGGAUUAAAUCAAGUAGUCAAGUGAUCCAGGAAUUUCUAUCGUAUGAUGUAAUGCGUGGAGAAGGCAAUCUUUUAGCACAUUUGGUUAUUUUAGGCUACAAAGUAUCUCACCAACAGGGGCCUCUUGUUGAGUAUGAUUUCAGUGUCAGAGAUUUAUUCAUAGAUCUCCAAGACGGACUAAAACUGUGUAGAGCUGUUCAGCUCUUGCAAGAUAAUUGUUCUAUCCUUAUGAAAAUUGUAGUUCCUUCAGACACUCGUAAGAAAAAUUUGACAAACUGUGCUCUUGCCCUACAAUAUCUGAGACAAGCUGGUGUGUCGCUACUUGAUGAAGAUGACAUGAUGAUUGAAACAGAUGAUAUUGUUAAUGGAGAUAAACAACUUACAAUUUCCUUGCUCUGGAAUAUGUUUGUUCAUUUGCAGAUACCUCUGUUGGUUGAUAAAACGAGUAUAGGUGGGGAAAUUUCUAAAAUUCGAGGACUUGGCAUGGAUGACAUAACCAGUGCAAAUUCUAGUUCUCUGGAAUUGCUUUUGAAUUGGAUUCAGGCUGUAUGUGAUAAUUAUAACUGUCCAAUUGACAAUUUUCUUUCCCUUGUUGACGGCAAAGCUAUUUGGUGCUUACUUGAUUAUUACUUCCAGAAGGAACUUCAUAAUACCUGUUCAUUGAAGGAAGUUAAUGACAAAAAUUUCAAGGCAUCAGUUAUGCCAGUCAAUGAGUAUUCAGAUGCAUUGUACAAUUUUAUACUAUCCCAGAAGUUGACUACACUACUGGGUAAUUUUCCGGAGGUACUUCAAAUAAGUGAGCUACUUCAAUAUAAUGGAGCUUGCAGUGAUCGAAGUGUGGUGAUAUUGUUAGUUUUCCUAGCAAGCCAAUUAUUUGUCAAGAAAAGGGUGGAUCACCUAAAUUUUCAUAAGCUCUUGGGCUUUCGCAGCCUAAAUACGAAUACUAAUUGUAGACAUUUGAGAACGAUGCAGUGCCUUUCAAGUUCUGAAUCAGUUCAAAAUACUGAUGCUUCAGAUGUGCUUGACAAUGAAGAUGCUGCAAGAAAGUUUAAGGCCAUCCAGGCUUGGUGGCAAGAUAUGGCUGAACGAAACCAUGUCAUGAAACCAGUUGUCACUAACUUGGAGAGUUCUAGGACAACUGAAUGCAGCACUAGCAUUAAAAGAGAAAUUGCUUCAAGAACAAUACAGUCACACGUCAGAGGAUUGGUUGCACGGCGCAAGUUUGUUAAGAUGUUAAAUGCUGUUACCCUUUUGCAAACUGUUUUCAGGGCUUGGCUGAAAGUGAGGCAGGAGUCAGUCUGCCUGAUAUCCAAUGCCGUUCAAGUCAAUGAUUUUUCAUGUGAUAUGUCGAAGCAAUCAGAAACAUAUGAGAGAUACACUAAGCUUUUCGUUCAUAGGCAGUCUUUUUUGAAAUUGAAGAGGUCAGCACAGCUUAUCCAGCAAGCAGUGAGGAAUUGGCUCCAUUGGAGACACCAACAAGAAUGUAGCAUAAGUCCUGAUCAUAUGAUGUUGGACAUGGUGACUGCUGCCACUACUGUUCAGAAAUUUGUUCGUGGUUGGAUUGCACGAUCUAGAUAUAUUCAUCAGGUAGAUCAGAAUGAGAAAGCUAUGAAUAUAGCCCAACAGAAACUCAUAUUUGAUCUUCAAACAAGUGCUGCCGUUAGCAUUCAGCUUGCUUGGAAAAACUUCUUAUGCUGCAAGUGUACUAAGCAACAGCAAUUUUGUGCAACAAAAAUUCAAUGUAAUUUCCGGAGGUGGUUCUUGAGAAAAAGGUUUUUGAAUCAGAUUCAAGCUGUUAUUAAAAUCCAAUCAUAUUUUCGAAGGUGGAGGUGUUUAAAUGAUUUUCAGCACAUCAAAAGAGUGUCUAAGGCAGCCAUUGUCAUUCAAUCUUAUUUACGUGGAUGGAUUGUGCGGAAGGAUUCUUGUGCACGUAGGAAUCACAUUGUUGAAAUUCAAAGGCAUUGCCGUGGUUGGCUUGUGAAACGCGACUUCUUGAUCCAAAGAGAUGCUGUGGUGAAGAUCCAGUGUGUAAUUCGAAGCCUGAAAUGUCAGAAGACUCUCAAAGGUCAGAAAGAUGCAGCUUUGGAGAUCCAGCGCUUUAUUAGGGGACAAUUAACCCGUAACUGGCUAUUAGGUGGUGCUUCUAAGCUACGCGCAGUUGUUCAUGCUGGGUGCAUUGCCAGACCAUUUGGCUGUUGUAGUUUUCAACUGGAUCUAUUCUUGUUUUCAGUUGUGAGAUUGCAACGAUGGUGGAAGGGUCUCUUAUUACGUAAAUUGAUGACAAAAUCUGCCAUCAUUAUUCAGUCUCAUACUCGUGGGUGGAUAGCCAGACGAAAAGCCAUUGUUCAUAGGCAUCGUAUCAUUAUUAUACAAUCCCACUGGAAAGGUUACCUUCAACGUAAAGCAUCAACGGAGAAGUUAAUGGAUUUGCGCUCAAGAGUGCAAGUGUCUGCUAGAAAUGUGGAUGACAGUAAGCGCCUCAUAAACAGACUAUUGGCCGCACUUUCUGAGCUACUGAAUAUGAAGAGUCUUAGUAACAUCCUUCAUACUUGUUCAACAUUGGAUAUGGCUACAGGACAUUCUCAGAGAUGCUGUGAAGAACUAGUAGCUGCUGGGGCUAUUGAUACCUUGCUGCGGCUUAUUCGAUCAGUCAGCCGGAGCAUACCUGAUCAGGAGGUUCUAAAGCAUGCUUUGUCUACUCUCAGAAACCUUGCCCGCUAUCCUCAUCUACUAGAAGUGAUGAUCCAAACCCACAAUUCUGUACAAACAAUCGUGUUGGAGUUACUUAGGAAUAAGCAGGAAGGCUACUUCAUUGCUUCUGAACUUUUGAAGAAGAUAUGUUCAACUCGCAAAGGCGUUGAGGCCAUACUCAGAUCCCCUGCCCUACUGAAACGAUUGCAUGGUCUUGCUGAGGAGCUUACUAGAAAGUCCAAUUACGAGAAAAGAAAUGCUAAGGGUCCUAGUCCAGUUGUUAGAGAAAACAUAGAAAGAAGAUUGAGAGAAGCUGCUGAGAUUAUGAAGCUGAUAACACGCUCUUGAAGUUCUACUUCUAAUGAUGUGUGCAGUUGUUAAACAUAUGCAAGGAAUGUAGCUUCAGUUCCCCUUUGUUUCCUUUCUUAGUUCCUCAUCUCGUGGAUUUGGGAGUGAAUUUUGUAGAUUGUUCAUGAUCCAUCGUUUAUAUAACUAACAUUUAUUAUCUAGUAUCGAAGUAAGCAAAUUGGCAUUAGACAUAAUCUUACUUUGACUAGUGAUAAUUAUAAUUUACUGUUAAUGUGCGUUGUAGAUUUCAGGAACUCAGGCGAUUAUGUUAUGGUUCACAUUUGUAUCGGACUUGCUUGAGUUUUUGAAGCAUUUCCUAUACUAGAGAAAAAAAACAUGUCUAUGAAGUUUACUUGAUUAACCGAGCUUGAUACUACUCUUUAUAAAGGCAUAUUAUCAACCUCUCAA